CAAUCUAAUACGCGUUUGUGGAAUACAAAGUCGGACUUUUAAUCCGAAUGGCAGCCCCCUGCUGCUCGACUUUCCACGUCCAUUCCUCUAAAUUGUCCUGUUUCCUUUGAUUUGUCAGGAGUCAUCCUCUUCAUGCGCCUUUGACAUGUCCAAUCUAAAAUUUCCAUGACAUAGCCCUCUGGUUCCAAUUAAAAGAUCAGAGAAAGAAAAAGGAAGGAGCAUGUGAUGAUGAGUUCUCCCUCUCUCUUCUGGCUCUUCGUUCUUUUGGUCUUUUACCUCGCCGCCUCAGCAUCCCCUGCCUUGUUAUUUCAGGGGUUCAACUGGGAAUCUUGGAAGAAGGAAGGGGGAUGGUACAAUUCGCUCAAGAACUUGGUACCAGAUUUGGCCAAUGCUGGAAUUACUCAUGUGUGGCUUCCUCCACCGUCUCAAUCUGCCGCUCAACAAGGGUACCUGCCUGGGCGGCUCUAUGAUCUCAAUGCUUCGAGCUACGGGAAUCAGGAUGAGUUGAAGCAUCUUAUUGAUGCUUUCCAUCAAAAGGGAAUCAAAUGCCUGGCCGACAUAGUGAUUAACCACAGGACUGCGGAAAAACAAGAUAGCCGGGGAAUAUGGUGCAUCUUCGAAGGCGGAACACCCGACGAACGUCUUGACUGGGGGCCGUCCUUUAUUUGUCGCGAUGACACUGAGUUCUCUGAUGGCAUGGGUAAUUUUGAUACAGGUGGGGACUUCAAUAAUACGCCCGACAUAGACCACCUCAAUCCGAGGGUGCAAAAGGAGCUGUCUGACUGGAUGAAUUGGUUGAAGAGCGAUAUAGGAUUUGAUGGGUGGCGAUUCGAUUUCGUACUGGGUUAUGACCCAAGCAUCACCAAAAUCUACAUGGAUCGGACUUUGCCGAAUUUUGCGGUGGGAGAGAACUGGGACUCGCUCUCUUAUGGACAGGAUAAGAAGCCCAACCCAAACCAGGAUGCACACCGCCAUAAGCUGGCGGAAUGGGUCAAUGCUGCAGGCGGGGCCGUCACGGCAUUUGAUUUCACCACGAAGGGGAUCCUCCAGGCGGCCGUUGAAGGGGAGCUUUGGCGGUUGAAGGAUUCAAACGGGAUGCCGCCGGGAUUGAUUGGCCUCCAGCCAAGCAGUGCCGUGACUUUCAUCGACAAUCACGACACUGGUUCCACGCAAAAAAUAUGGCCGUUUCCGUCCGAUAAGGUCAUGCAGGGAUAUGCCUACAUCCUCACCCAUCCUGGAGUCCCAUCCAUUUUCUAUGAUCACUUCUUUGACUGGGGCCUGAAGGAGGAGAUCGGCAAGUUGACGGCGAUAAGGGCGCGGAACCAGAUUAACGAGAAGAGCAGUGUGGAGAUCUUGGCUUCCGAUUCUGAUUUAUACGUGGCCAAGAUCGACGAUGGAGUGAUUAUGAAGAUUGGACCUAGGUUUGAAGUAGGAAACCUUGUUCCUCCCAAUUAUCAGAUUGCUACAUCCGGCCAAGAUUAUUGUGUGUGGGAGAAGAAGUGAUGUUCAGGCAAACUUAAGAAUAAGCAGCAACUGAAAGAGCAAUUAUAGGCUGCAUUGUUUGAAAUAAAAAUUUACAAGCGGUCUUAUGCACCGUAUGGAAGUAAGUUAAAAUUUUGCUUUCAACCUCUUUUAUUUUUUAUUAGGUUAGCAAUUCUCGACACCAUAUGCAAUUAAACAUGUUCAAAUUUGGCAUAAAUGGGUUUGUGUAUACCCAUUUAUGACAUAUUCCAAA